AUGCUUCUCAACAUCAUUAUCGCCCUGUCGACUGUCUCGCUCUCAGUGGCUAAACCCGCCGCAAACUUCAAUGCAUCUAUUUCAACUCUCACAUCCCUAGGCUGCGAUGCUGCUUGCCAACGGGCCUUUAGCGAGGGACGAAAGCAGGACGUCGAGAUGUUCGGAACGGAUUUUGAUUUCGACUUUUACGCCACUGCUCGCAACUUCUCAUCGUCAAAGCCUGGCGACCUCCUCAAGUUCCAACCUCUGAACGGUUCAUCCCUAAGUGUAGUUUAUGGGCUUGCCGCCUAUCAAUACCAGUAUACUUCCGUCAGCUUGAAUGGAACCGUGGUGCCUGCUACCGGAUUUAUUGCAAUUCCAUACACUUCGGCUCGCCAGGAUGGAAAAUAUCCUGUCAUUGCUUAUGCCCACGGCUCCAUUGGCAUUUUCGCGGGAUGUCCGCCUUCCUCGACAUCUAAACUAUACGACUACGAUACCUGGAGUAUUCUAGCCCAAAACGGAUAUGCCAUUGUUGCCCCAGACUACGCGGGACUCGGGAACAAUUAUAUCGAGCACGAAUACAGUAGCUUCCCGGCGCACGCCAAUGAUCUCUACUACGGCAUGGUUGCUGCUCGCAAAAUAUUCACAAACACCUUCACCGACAACUGGGCAAGUGUUGGCCACUCUCAGGGAGGGGGAGCUGUCUGGAAGCUAUCUGAAAGUCCCCUUAUCAAGUCUGGAGCAGCAGCCGGUAACUACAUAGGAACCGUCGCCGUAGCGCCAGGUUCGAAACUUUAUGACUUGAUCCUUCUUACAGCGGAGACAAUCUUCCCCCUGUCCAACUAUAACACUUACUAUAUCACGUAUAUAUUCUUAUGGUUGUCCACUGCCCUUCGACGUGCUAUUCCCUCGGCGGAUAUGUCAGUCUUCUCGCAAAGGCUCUUGCAACGAGCUCAGAUCGCGGACCUCACGCAAUCCUGCAACGAUGGCGCUUUGGCCCUUGGACUCGGGCUCUCUCCCAAGGAGAUAAUAACAAGCACAGCCGCGCUCAGGAACAGCACAGACUUCUCUAACUGGCAAAAAAUGAAUGCUCCGGCCAUGGGAUCCAAAGCAGAGCAACCUCUUUUGAUCGUUCAGGGGUUGGCAGAUACCACUAUUUUACCUCAGAUCACCAUCAACGCCUUCAAUGACGCCUGUGGAUUCGGUAAUGAGGCACAUCUGAAUCUGUAUCCAGGCAUCGAUCACGGUGAUGUGCUCACAGCUAGUUCCCCCGACUGGCUGCGUUUUCUGCGUGAGCGUUUCGAGGGGAAGAGCACAAGUGGUGAAUGCAAGAAGGCUGUUUCUGGUCCGUUUGAUGCUGCUCACAUGGCCAUACUGAAUCAGUCUAGUAUAAUACUAGAUCUUUGA